CCUCUUCCUUUUAUCCAUUUUUAUUCCUGUUUCUAGUGAAAAAAACUCAAAUUUUGGAAAUCGAGACUCACCCUUCUCUGUACUUAUAUCAGAGUCUGCAUUUAAUCCCCCCACUUGACUCUAUCCUUCCACCCCCAUUAAUCCCCAUAAUCUCCUGCACACACACCCACCAUUUCUUCAAUCAAAAACGCAACCAAGUUUGUCCCCUUUCUCUUCAAUCCUUGGUUUUCUUGAUCAUUUCGACAGGUAGAGUUGAAGUUGGAGAGCAUUUAAGGUUUUUUCUUUCAGCUUGUCUUGUGCUCUGUCUCUGCAUGAAACACAGAUUUUCCUGGUACUGUGGGAAUGAACUAUAUCAGAACUAACAGCCUGAAACGUCUCUUCUCACUGAGAAGACGUUGUUUUGAGGAAGAUAUUGGAACCCCACUUGGCUUCGCUGAAGAAAGUUUCGAUUUUGUGCUGGUUACAGAGCAUCAUAUCCAGAGACCCACUUGGAGAUGCUUCUCCUUUGAAGAAAUCUCGGAUGCCACCAAUGCUUUUAGCUCUGAGAAUUUGGUGGGGAAAGGAGGCUAUGCAGAGGUGUAUAAAGGAGUUUUAAAGGAUGGAGAGGAGAUUGCAGUGAAGAGGUUAACAAAAGCUUCAACUGAUGAAAGGAAAGAGAAAGAGUUUCUGACUGAGAUUGGGACAAUUGGUCAUGUCUGCCACCCAAAUGUGUUGCCACUUUUAGGCUGUUGUAUUGACAAUGGCCUUUAUCUCAUUUUUCAAUUCUCUUCUAGAGGCUCUGUUGCUUCUCUUCUCCAUGAUGCAAAUUUGCCACCAAUGGAUUGGAAUACAAGGUACAAGAUUGCAAUUGGUACAGCAAGGGGCCUACAUUACUUGCAUAAAGGGUGUCAAAGAAGGAUAAUUCACCGCGACAUUAAGUCUUCAAAUGUGCUAUUGACUGCAGAUUUUGAACCACAGAUAUCAGAUUUUGGCUUAGCAAAGUGGCUUCCCUCUCAAUGGACACACCACUCUAUUGCUCCAAUUGAAGGGACAUUUGGGCAUUUAGCACCUGAGUACUUUAUGCAUGGAAUUGUAGAUGAGAAGACUGAUGUGUUUGCAUUUGGAGUCUUUUUGCUGGAGAUUCUUUCAGGCAGGAAACCUGUUGACAGUUCUCAUCAAAGCUUACACAGCUGGGCCAAACCACUUCUAAACCAUGGGGAGAUUGAAAAACUAGUGGAUCCUAGACUCCAAGGUGACUAUGAUGCUUUGCAGCUAGACCGACUUGCCUUUGCAGCAUCUCUCUGUAUCAGGGCUUCUUCCUCUUGGCGUCCCACCAUGAGUGAGGUGCUGGAGGUAAUGCUGGAAGGAGAGACAGAUGCGGAGAGGUGGAAGAUGCCAGAAGAAGAAGACCAAGAAGAAUUCUGGGGCUUCGAGGAUCUUGAAUACGAAUGUGGCACUUCUCCUUCUGUUUCCCCACAACACUCAAUCUCCACUGGAAGUUCGUAGUACUUAGGACCACAACUAUCAUCCCACAUAUAGAUAUAAAGACUACGUACAUCAGUACGUCUAAAUGUAUAUUUCGAAUCAAUCUCUAUAUGAGAUGUUUUGUUCUUUGUUAAGUGCAAUUCCUAUGUUACAUCCUUCUUCUUUGGGGAGAAAUGCUCAUCUUGUUUAGGAAAUUAAUUAGUUAAGAAGAAAAGAAAAAAGGGAAGUUGAAGUGGAAACCAGGUCUCGUUCUCAAUGUUGUUACUCUUUUUUCCUGUUAAUACAGAGGGGUUGAUGCUGCUUCCCACAAAUUGCAUUAUACUAGAACUAGCACCAAGACAAUU